CUCUUUUGGUUCACAAUAUAUUCAUUCUUGUGCAGAUUUUUCUACAGCACUUGUGCUUACCUAUUCUGGCGAAGAAAUGUUGACCGUGUACUGUGUACCUUUUAUAGAUUCAUAUUAUUUAAUUUUUUUUUAAAGUAAGUAUAUAUACAUUUUUAAUUUUUUUUUCGUAUACACAACUAGUUACUCACUCUACUUGUAGUAGAGUGCAUAUAUAGGUAGUAGUGCAUAUAUACAGUGAAACUAUAUGUACAGUAGUAGUAGUAGUACAGUAGUAGUAGGAGUAGUAUAUACAGUGAAGUAGUAGGAGUGCAUAUAUACAGUAGGAGUACAGUAGGAGUGCAUAUAUACAGUGAAACUAUAUGCCAGAAGUUUGUAUAAUGAAGCAUUUCGCUAGUUGAAAGAGAAGGAAUAACCAGUAAAAUUAAAUGUAUAUAAUAUACAUUAGUUUUAAUAAGAAUAAUAUUCUGUAAUUAUGAAUACUUGGUCAUGAAAUGCUUUUACUCAGUACAGUAAAAUUUGAUAUAACAGGUUUAAAUAAUUUAGAGAAGAAUCAAGAGGAAUGACAAUUCAUGUUUCAACGAUGAGUACGUAACAAAUAUUGCGAGGCUACGAUUCUAUUCGGAUUCAAAACUCGGAAUCUGAUUGGCCAGACAUAAUAAGUACAGAGUUGAUAAAAAUGUCUGUCCAGGACCGUCGCCAGUCAUUAUUUCGUAUACCCCACAAAUAAUAUCGUCAUGUCUGGUCGUGGAAAAGGUGGCAAAGUAAAGGGGAAGAGCAAGACUCGGUCCAGCCGUGCUGGUCUUCAGUUUCCUGUAGGUCGUAUCCAUCGUCUUCUGCGAAAGGGAAAUUAUGCAGAAAGAGUUGGUGCUGGAGCUCCAGUGUAUCUUGCUGCAGUUUUAGAAUAUUUGGCAGCUGAGGUUCUUGAGUUGGCCGGUAAUGCUGCUAGAGAUAACAAGAAGACCAGAAUAAUUCCAAGACAUCUGCAGCUGGCCAUCAGAAACGACGAGGAGUUGAAUAAAUUACUCUCUGGCGUCACAAUUGCACAAGGUGGAGUUCUACCCAAUAUCCAGGCUGUUCUACUUCCCAAAAAAAAACCGAAAAGAAAGCAUAAUUCCUACUUCCCCUAA